AUGGUGUUCCGGUCCUCCGUACCCAGCCUGCCCUCAUCUGCGGUCUCCCAGGGCACAAGGAAAGAGGUGGAGGACCUGUCCUCACCGAGUUCACCACCUGGGAAGACUCGCCUGCUCUCCUAUCAGACAGUCACAGAAACGAGGACGCUCGCAUCCGUUCCUGCUGAGUUCUCCAGGCAGCUGGAGAAAACUAUAAAUAUGGUUCUGUGUGCGGUUCAGACGCUUGUUAAGAGGAAGGAGAAGGAAAAAGCAGAGGAUCAGCAGUCAGAAAGCAAGAAAGAGAGUGACUCAGAGGUGGCAGAGGAGCUCUUGAAACCGGGACACUUGAGCAGGUUACUGGAAGAAGACCUGAGUGGAGAUGUGUCCAGUCUCUCGUUACCAGAGAUCAAUGAAGUCGUAACAGAGCUGCUGGAGAGACUUGGAUCACACCGGGAUGACUGUCAGCCCCACCAUCUACAGGAACUAAAAGAGGCAUGUAGGGGUGUUGUGCGUUUGGAGCCCAUGCUGUGUCUGUACUCGGAGCUGGUGAGGUAUUAUCUGGCUGUAAUGAUGGGAGCUCACCGUACCACAGGAAAGCUGCUGUCCGUCCUCGCUAACAUCUUCACUGAACUCGCACAGAAGGGUUUCUGUCUGCCCCAGGAGCUGCUGGGAGGAGGAGACGGCGAGGGAGCCACAGAGUUCCAUGAUUAUGAGGGUGGAGGAAUAGGAGAAGGUGAAGGAGUAAAAGACGUCAGUGACAAAAUCGAGAACGAGGAUCAGGUGGAGAGUUUGUCUCACCCAAACACCUGUGAACCGAACCCCUGUCAGAACAAGGCGUUGUGCUACAGCCUGCCGGGUGACUUCUACUGCGCCUGUCCUGAAGAACUACGAGGGCAAGACCUGUGA